GCGGGGAGGGGGUCCUGGAUGCGGGGAGUACAACAAUGACGGCCUUCAACGACUCGACGGGCGACAUCACAGAGCGACAUUAGCGCAUAGGCUAGUGCGAACGAGUCAUUCCUUCACAAUGAGUCGGAGGGGGGGUCGUUCUGGGGGGGGAGGCGGGUCAGGGGGGGCAGAUUUUAUCCCUGUUUCCGAUGCUGAGAUGGCCAAGCUGAGGAGGUCCUCAUGCGUUUGGAAAUACGUUACGCUGGGGCAACCGGUAGGGUCGUGGGAGAAGAUGCACGGUGACCGCAAGUUGCGAUGCAACUUGUGCAAGCACCUGUGGCAGGGGAACCAAUCGAAGGCUGCGAGGCACUUCUGCCAGUUGAAGAAGUGUCGUGUUGCGCAGUUCGACGUGCUCGUUGACAUUCGGAACGGCACAGACUAUAGAUUCGAUGACCGACAUCUCGCAUCCAUCCGCACAUACAUGGAGGAGCACGGCAUCAGAGACUCCCGAGCAGUUGCUGGAGGUUGUACAGGAGCGGAUCCUUGCACUGCAGGCAGGGACGACGUGCAGGACGUGCUUGACGAGAUGGAGGAGCGGGAGGGGGUGGAGUUGCCAGGGGAGGAGGUCGUGAUGACGUCACGUGGGGAGGACCCUGAGAUCCGAAAGGGGAAGAGGCCGAUGGGGGAGACCGACCAGGCAGCGAUCCGACCGGGGAAGAGGGUCCGCCAGUCCAAGAUCGACGAGGUCUACACUGCGGACAAGCAAUCGGUCUUCAACAACAAGUUCCUGCAGUGGAUUUAUGACGCUGGCAUUCCGUUCAACUCAUUCAGGAGGCAAUCGUGGAGGGAGAUCCGGAAGGCGGCGGAUCAGCUGCCUAGAGAGGUGCGGAUGCGAUUUCCUGCCUUUAAGGAAAUCGCGGGUGCCACUGGCGCCCUACUCUACCCCACCAUUUGCCACGACGGUUCUGUACAGGAGACGGACGCCAUUGUCUUCCGAAGGUGGAAGGCCAAGGACGUCAUAGCUUUAUGUACAGACUCUGCUAGUAACUACACAGCGGCCGCCCGUUUGCUCGCCGUAGGCCCCGAUCCAGUGGUCCGGCGCAUCACUUGGCUCCCCUGCUCGACCCAUGUCUGCAACUUGAUGUUGUCGGACAUAGGGACACGAGUGGGGUGGGCAGUUGACACCAUUAUCCGUGGACGAGCGAUGGUGCGAUUUAUUAAAUCGCACAGCGCAGCUCUCGCCCUUUACAAGAAGAAGAACCCACGUGUUUCGCUUGUGCAGCCAGUUGAGACUCGCUUCGCAUCAGUUUUUAUGAUGUUGACUUGUCUGCUUGGGAGACGCGACUCGCUGGAGGCGAUGUUGCAUGACGACGCCUGGGCGAGUAUCCCUUUGCAGCGGAGAGUGCUACCCCAGGCGAGAUGGGUGUGUCUCCAGAUUCGAGAUGGCGAGUUCUGGCGCUAUGUUGAGUUCUUGAUUCUUGUGAUGGAGCCCAUCCAUCAGCUGCUGAGGCGGAUGGACAAAGGAGGGAUGAUGAUGUCCAUCGUCUACGAGUGGAGCCGUCAUCUCGUUCAGCUUCUGACAAAGCUGGACGUUGUGCCGACCGAUCUUCUGUCCCCGACGACGGAGCAGGUGUACUUCACGUACGGGGGCGGGUCGGUCGGGCAUGCGCCGCGGACGUCCGUCAUCACGGACGAUGUCGCCGGCGGGGCACAGGGUAGCGCCACUCGACACCCUCCAGCGGGUCGAGGUCGUGGCGCCGUUGCUCGCGACGUUCACCCCCGCGUGAGGAGAGUUCUAGGGGUGGCGUCGAGUGACGAGGACGAGGGCGUGGCACCUCACGCUGACCGUCUGCGGGACCGUCGGUUCGAUCCGAGCCACCACUCCAGGGAGCAUUCAGAGCAGCUUCGUCGGUCACACAGGUUGGCAGAGCGUAGCAUUCCGGCGUCCCAGCAGCCUCAGGACAUAUCGGUCACGGAGGGGACACCGUCACACAGCGGCCCCGCACAGGCUGCGACAUCCUCUCUACGCACCAGCGAUUUCGAUAUCGCGGGUUCUCAUGGUGGCUCACCUGUUUUACGAUACAGAGUCCAUGACAGACCGGAUUACAGUACGGAUGUGAGGGAGACAGAGGAGACUGUUAAGGAGAGGGAUGCUCGCCUGGAUCGCGAGGAGGAGGUACGGUUACAGUCCAUGGCUCAAUGGGAGGGCAGAGAGGCGUAUGAGGCCGAGCAGCGGAGGCAGAGGGAGUUAGAGACGAUAGGAGCGGGUCCGCCAUCGAGCGUCGGACGUAUGCCGACUUCUGACACGAUGCAGCCCCCCUCUGGACCCUCUCAUGUUGUGGGUGGUGGUGCUGACACAUGCGGAUUCCCCGCUGGGUGCGGGGGGCAGGCAGAUGUGCCAUGCGAGGGUGGUCCUGUCGGGGGUGUCGAGACAGUCCAGUCAGACACAGGAGCGGAGAGCUCCGACGACGGCGAGGAGUGUGCGGCCGCCGAGGGUAUCGUAGGCGAUGUCGUGAUUGGCAUAUGCGCAGCUGGCACAGAUGGAGGGACUCAUGGAGGGGAGGAGGGGAUGGUGGACGAGGGCAGUGUGCCUUUGCCUCAGGAGGAGUUGGUGGACGAGGGGAGUGUUCCUUUGCCUCAGGAGGAGUUGGUGGACGAGGGGAGAGGAGUUGGUGGACGAGGGGAGUGUUCCUUUGCCUCAGGAGGAGUUGGUGGACGAGGGGAGUGUUCCUUUGCCUCAAGAGGAGUUGGUGGACGAGCGGAGUGUUCCUUUUUUGCCUUAGGAGGAGUUGGACGAGGGCGAUUGGCUUUGCCUGAGAAGGAGUUCGUGGACGAGGGCAAUGUCCCUGAUGAGGAGUUGGUGGACGAGGGAGUAGCAGUCGACGCAGGCCACAGUGCCCCGUCCGUGCGAGACGGCGUGAUCAGAGGGCAUGUUGAGGAGGAGGGAGCAGCCAUCGACAUGUCCCUCACGAUUAUUGUUAGGCCCCCGUCGGUGCGAGAUGUCAAGAGAGGAGGGCAUAUUGACGCGGGCGGGCCGGGCUGUUUCUCCACAGGUGGGCAUUUCGGGGAGAUGCCUCGGUGGGAUGGCGGGGAACCGGGGGAGUGCACUCCGACCCCAUUACAUCCGGAGCAGCUAGAGAGGUUGGGGACGGAGGAACCUUUCCCGUUCACCGGUGGUCAUCCCUCGCCUCCCCCGUGGGCUCCAGUGAGCCCUAUGUGGACCGGAUCAUCGCAGUCCGACAUCCGCGAGCGGGAGUCUUUGGAGAGACAGGCGGCAGUGUUUUCAAGCGGGCAUGGCAGCAGCCAUGCGCAGCCACUGACGCGCCCUCAGGGAAGAUAUGCAGUGGAGGUUGUGCCCGGACGUAAACCGUCUGGUGAACGUAAACCCUUUGGCGAACGUAAACCGUCUGGUGAAACGAUUGUCGCGGGUCGGCGAGACGAUGUGCCCGUGGUUGAUCACACGGACAAGUUCUGGAUGCUGGACUGGGUGGGGGACAUCGGACAACCAUCGAGUGGCCUUGUUCUAUACGUGGUCAUCAAAGAAAAUAUUGUGCAGGCUGGCGGCCUGGUGAGGUGGACUGGACAAAAUGCGCCGUUUGCAACGUUCGAGUUGACGAUGGUCCUCAAUGGAAGAGGGGAAAGAAUACCGAGUGUCAAACACGUCGCUCUUCGAUGGGCCAAAGACGCGGGGUUUGGAAAGUCGUUGGUUGAUGUGUUCAACCCACCAGGGACAGCGGAAGUGAAGUUGCCUGACGUCGUUGACGUCCUCGGGUUUUUCGAGAGUAAUGUGAUCGUGGGCGAAGAGCCGGUUGUGCAUCCAGAGGACCGCAUAUCGGAGCCUAAAUGUGUGCUUUCGAAAACCGUGGAGACAGGGCCUUCGAUCACGAUCCGCAAUACACCGCCUGGUCCGAAAGCUGGGCAGAUUGGAGAGAAGGGUCCGUGCCGCGGACUGGUCGUGCCGUCAGCCCCUAUGAAGACCAGGCCAACGGCGACCAAAGCACCAGUUGCCUUGGGCAGCCGACCGCGCUAUGUUGUGGCCACCCUGGGACCUCUCCCCUUGGUGGGCCAGCAGCGCUAUGACUACACUGUGCCAAGCCGCGCAGUGGAAGCCCAUGAGUAUUUUGAAGAUGAGGAUGAAGAGAACAUCGAGGAAUAUUCGAAACGAGCACGAGGACAAGAACAGUAUGCUGCGGGUGUCGGCGGCAUGACGAGGCAUCCAGGAGAGACAAGUAAAGUGAUUGGACAGGGUGAAGACAGUGAGCACACUGUAAGCGAAUUGGGUGGAGAGGUUGGUCUGGCAGGAGGAUAUGGGAGCAGCUACGAAGGAUGUGAGGGGGCUGUGGCUGGGCAUACAGAUGCUGCAGGGCUCGCUGAGCGAAAAAGGAAGCACAGGCACGAGAGGAGAAAUCUUAUGGAUAGUAAACGGAGUAGGCAAGAAGCGGUUGGAAAAAGACAAUUGAAAAUAUUGCCCGUGGAUGAGGCGGUCCAGCGAACACGGGAGACCGAGGCGGUCAUGAAGAAAAAGCAGCAGCCAAAGAAAAGAAAGGCAAAGGGUGGUGUCAUGGAAAAGACUUUCGUUUUUUCAGCGGAACAACCACAAUCGGCUGAAGAGGCCAAAGGCAAGACAGUUACUAGGCCGCCAAGUUUGCGAAAUGUGUCAUCGGUGACUUCUUCUAGUGUUCUUAGCAAAGGCUUCUUCCUUGAGUUGGACGAGCGUGGGAACCAGUGUCCAGACAUGGAAUUCAUUUUUGUCCAGUUCGACAGAAUUCUAGAUAUCCCCGACGGGGAAUUCAGAUACAAUCAACGCUAUCUUGUGCAGCAGACGAUUGAUGACAUUCAUGACGCAAUGGUUACAUCGGGUGAGGCUGCUAUAAGAGAGAGAACGACUGGAGCUGCCGGUGUGAAUGUUUGUAUAUUGUAUGAGAAGCCUGUCCUUUUGUUGGUUGCCCUCCGAGAUACAUUGCAUACUGACGCGUCAGGGAGGAGUGUGAGAGCAAGGAGGGUGUUGCCCGAUGAAUUCGACCUCGAAUCUGUGAACAAGUACUACUACUACCCUCUCAGCGGUCAGCAUAACAUGAUGGCGGCAAGAAGGUGUUUUGUUGAACGCCCUGACAUCGCACAAGAGCUCCGAUUGGAUCGCUGGAUUGCGAGACCUGUUUAUUAUCCGGAAAAGAGCAUGGACAAUUAUGGCACGCUGAGCACUUUCCAGAACGCCAAGGACAAAUGGAAUACCCCACCGCACCAGAUCGUGGUCAUCUAGAAUAUACGGAAGUUGUGGCACGAAUCGAACUGUCCUGAAGCUAAAGGCGG